AUGAAACAGCCCAACAGGAAGAGAAAGCUUGGCAUGGAUUCCAAAGAGCACUUGGAUCAGGAUGGAUGCUUGGAGCAAGUUGAAGAGGAGAAGCGGGGGAACGGCACAACCCUUUUGAGUCAUGCUGAUGUUAUUUGCAUAUACCCAUUCGAGGGCCGCAUUACAGGGAUUUGUUUUAAUGUGGUGCAUGGCAGUGGUGGGUCUAAUAAGGUGUUGGAGAAGGAUCAAUCCUUUCCGGAGCACGAAAAUGGUUUUCAGGUUGGCAUGAGAUUAGAAGGCAUUGAUCCCCGACAUCCAUCUGUAUUCUGUGUGCUGUCUGUAGCUGAGGUGUGUGGUUACCGGCUAAGACUUCAUUUUGAUGGAUAUUUAAGCUGCUAUGAUUUCUGGACCAAUGCUGGUUCCCCCGACAUUCAUCCAGUAGGGUGGUGUGAAAAGACCAAGCAUGAAUUGCACAUCCCUAAGGGUUAUAGAAAAGAUAAAUUUGUUUGGAUGGAUUACUUGAAGGCCUGCAAAUUGCAAAAUGCUCCUAAGAAAUUAUUCAGGAACAGAAGUUCUAAUGGACCAGUGCCUAAGGAGUUUCAGGUGGGAAUGAAGCUGGAGGCCGUGGACAGGAAGAACCCUUCCUUGGUGUGCGUGGCUACCAUAGCAGAUAUUGUGGAUGACCGCUUACGAGUACAUUUUGACAACUGGGAUGACAGCUACGAUUACUGGUGUGAUGUUAAUAGUCCUUAUGUCCAGCCAGUUGGUUGGUGUCAGGAGAAUGGAAGAACUUUGAUAGCGCCCCAAGGAUAUCCUGACCCAGAAAAUUUUUCCUGGCCAGAAUAUCUGCAGACUACCCAAACUAAUGCAGUUCCUGCCAAAGUUUUUAAAAUGAGGUUGCCCCAUGGUUUUUUGCCAAAUAUGAAACUUGAAGUUGUGGAUAAACGAAACCCCCGGUUAAUUCGUGUUGCAACAAUUAUAGAAGUUGAUGACCAAAGAGUAAAGGUUCACUUUGAUGGUUGGGACCAUAAGUAUGACUAUUGGCAGGAGGCAGACAGCCCUGACAUUCACCCCAUUGGCUGGUGUGAUGUAACAGGACAUCCCCUGGAAGUGCCACAUCGAGCAAAUGAUGUGAAAAUCCUUCCAGGUCAAGCUGUUUGUCCUACACCUGGGUGCCGAGGAAUAGGCCAUAUCCGUGGUCCACGUUAUUCAGGACAUCACAGUGCUUUUGGCUGCCCUUAUUCGGACAUGAACUUGAAAAAGGAGGCAACGCUUCAUGAUCGUCUGAGAGAACAAACACAGGCACAUUUGGAAGCAGACUCUUCACAUUCAAAAUUGAAAAAUCUCUACAGUUUGAACUUCAAUGGAAAACAUGAAACAGUAAACAGUCAGCCCAGACAUGUACAGCAGGCAAAGUGUUUGAAAAUCAAAGGAAAAGAAGAUAUUGACUUGGAUAAUCUCUUCAGAGAAUACUCAGCUGAGCAGAACCAGCAGGCCCUGCACCAAUCGGUCUUCCUGACUUCCAUGUCAGCCCACCCUUCUCGGGAGCUUCCCCUCGGCAGGGAGCAGCACUGCAAGCUGCUGCCAGGUGUAGCUGACAUCCAGGCCAGCCAGGUGGCCCGGUGGACAGUGGACCAGGUGGCUGAGUUUGUACAGUCUCUUUUGGGCUGCGAAGAACAUGCCAAGUGCUUCAAGAAAGAGCAGAUCGAUGGCAAAGCCUUCCUGCUUCUGACACAGACAGACAUCGUCAGAGUGAUGAAGAUCAAGCUGGGCCCUGCGCUGAAGAUCUACAACUCCAUCCUGAUGUUCAGGAACUCCCAGGACCUCACAGAAGAAGACACUGUCACAGGCCAGGAUGUCACAGAGUAA